GGAACCACUGUUUUCUGAAAUCCAAAUAUGCUGCAAAGCAACUUUGGGAGACGCUGGUGAAAGAAAUUGGGUUGGAGGGGAAACUGACCGCAAAGGCAGCAAAGAAGUGGGAGAAUCUUAAACAGAAAUACAAGGAACUAAGAACUCCAAGAACAGGGUCAGGUACAGACAGGGGGGAAGUGACCGCUGCAACCUGGCAAUUCUACGAGGACAUGCACGAGGUGUUGGGUGCCAGGCCCUCAGUCGACCCUCCUGUGUUAGUGGCAUCCUGUUCUGUGGAUGUAGAUCCCGCGCCAAUCCUCAUGCAAAUUGCACCAGUGGCCCAAAGGUCGAAAGAAGAACAAUGAAAAUUGUCAGGAGGAAAAUGUCAGUCGCCAGCCCGGCUAAGAAACGGAAUCGAAACAACCAUUGGGUACAAAAGCAAAAUAGCUCGGGGCAUUCAGCUGCAAGCCCUCAGCCACAGAGACCCACAGUCCAGUACCACACUGCUGAAGGCCUGGACACACCAGCGCAGCAUAUUCCCAGGGUGAGUGAACAAGACAUCAGCAGCUGCCAGUGGCUCCAAAACGGAGCUUACAUUGGCAAUGAGACACGCAGCAUUGAGUUCAAACUAGGUAAAGGAAUUAUAUGCAGAAUAAUUUCAGCAAGGAUGUUUUGAGGUACGGCUGUGCCUUCCUGAACAGCGGGGGAGGGAGUCUGCUGGUCGGGGUGUGGGACAACGGAGUGGUCUGCAGUGUGUUGUUCGACCAUAAGAAGGAGGACCAGUCCUGCCUGCAGGUGGACGACGCGGUCAAGCAAUUCAACCCUCCGCUCUUUCCCCACAGCUACAGCCUGCGCUUCCUACCUGUGAUAACAUCUGGCAGGCGAGAACAUUACAUCAAGGUGCUGUGCCUCACCUUCCGAGCGCCUCCAGCCUUCGCAGAGCCAACCCUCUAUCGGGUUGGCGAGGGCAAGGCGUACAUGAGGCGGGAUGGGAGUGUGCAGGGGCCCUUGGGUGUCUCCGUCAUCCUGGAGUGGUCCAGACAGGCUGUCCUGCGACCGAGCGGUGAUAGGGCUCAUGAAGGAGCGCACUUUGGGCAACAGUGCAUCUCGCCUCCGUGCCUCUCUCGUGGAGCAGCAAACCAACGGGUGGAUGGCACGGUCGAUGCUCUACCUUUCUGUGCUCCGCAAGCUUCUGGCACCGGGCGCGACGCUGCUGCCGCUGGCGGGGGUGUCGCUUCCACUCAUGCACCCAGUGCCCACUGCACUCUGGCUCAUAAAUGUCUACGUGAGGGAAGCCUUGUCGAGGCUGGACGAGACACGAGCCAGAGUGACUUCCAUCUUUGGUGAUCUUUUAAAGAUGGACUCCACCAAGAAGAUCACCAAAAAGCUUGCGGGCGGUGCUGCUGGAACGGCUGCCUGGGUCACCAAUGUCGGCAACGAGUACGGGCAGGUACUCAUGUCUGUCCUCACCGCAGCAGAGGGGGACGGACUUGUCGACAUGGCAGCCGGACUGAUGAGGCGGUACCGCUUAGCCAGGAAGGCCCCUCCAAAGGUCCUGUACGUGGACCGAGACUGCUGUGUCGCCGCGGGAACGUCUGCAGUCCAUCAGAUGUUCCACGAGUGGCACGAGCUGGUCGUCAGGCUGGACGUGUGGCACCUCAUGCGGCGCUUCGCCAGGGGGGUGACCACCGACAGCCACCAGCUCUACAGCCUCUUCAUGGCGAGGCUUUCCUUCGCCAUGUUCGAGUGGGAUGCCGGAGAUGUGUCCCGCCUGAAAGAGGCCAAGCAGUCAGAGGAGGGGGGGGGACGUCCAGGAGGUGAAGCUUUCGGCCAAGGAGCUCGCCCGUCACUGCCGGCGCCGCACCAGGGGGGCAGCGGAGACAGAGCGGCUCCUCCAGGAGGUGCUGGACGCCUUCUGGGACAUGACGGACAGCAUGGGCGUCCCCUUGAUUGA